AUGGUAACCGGGCGUCCCGUCCCGACCUGGCCCUGCCCGCGGGGUGACGGUGCCAGCAGGGUGGCCCUGGCGCACAACCCGCCGCUCCCCGCAGCCUCGCCAGAGCCGCUGUGCACUGCCGCCUCCCUGCUCGUCCCUGCUCAGAGCAAUGCUGCCUUCCCCAGGAACCGUUUUAGAAAAGCAAACCACAAGCGCUUUGGAUCCCUCCUGUCAAAAGAAAUAAAAGAGCACAAUUCAGGGCAGGGGGAAGAGGUGGCAGAGGGAGAUGUUUCCCAUGUCACCCCAAAAAGAGUGCAGAUUCAGCAUGCUGCCAACAAAGGGGCACACUAGCUAGGCGCUGAAGGGGACGAGUUACCUGCAGAACAUACUGUCAGCCAGUAUGAAACACACAAAAUCAGCACAAUAAAAGCUGGAACUUUGGAGAAACUUGUGGAGAACCUUCUGACAGCUUUUGGGGAUAAUGAUUUCACCUACAUCAGUAUCUUUCUGUCAGCAUUCCGUGCCUUUGUUUCGACUAAGGAAGAACUGGAACUUCUUGACAGAUAUGGAAACCUGGAGACAUCAAGCUGUGAAGAAGACGGAAGCCAGAAUUCCUCUGAAUCCAACCAGUACUCGACAGCAAUAGCAUCAAUCUUACGAGCCUGGCUUGAUCAGUGCUCUGAGGAUUUCAGAGAGCCACCCGACUACCCGUGGUUGAUGAAGUUGCUGGAUUACCUGAAGAGGAAUAUCCCUGGCUCUGACCUGAAGAAGAGGGCACAGAACCUCUUGGAUCAGUUCCAGAACCAAGAAGUGGAAAAUGACGAUGGGUUCUAUAUCACUUCCCUCUGUAACCUGUGUGAUGAAGAGGAAUUGGAGAUCAGCAGUCCAGACGAAUUCUCUCUUUUCCAAGCAGGCCGUGUGGCAGAACAGUUGACAUACAUGGAGGCAAAACUCUUCAAGAAAGUUGUGCCCUGCCACUGUUUGGGAUGCAUCUGGUCUCAAAGGGAUAAGAAAGAAAACAGGCAUCUGGCACUGACCAUCAGGGCUACCAUCUCUCAGUUCAGUGCCGUUACCAAAUGUGUUGUCAGCACUAUCCUGAAGGACAAGGAACUCAAAACACAGCAAAGAGCCAAGAUCGUUGAGAAAUGCAUUACUAUUGCACAGGAAUGUAGGAUCAUGAAGAAUUCGUCCUCCUUGAGGACCAUCAUUUCAGCACUGCAGACCAACUCCGUCUAUCAGCGGAAAAAGACCUGGGGGUGUGUUCAAAUGCUGAUGUUCAAAGGGCUGUCUGAUAUCUUCUCAGACCAUGACAAUUAUUUGACAAGCAGGGAGCUGCUGAUGAGGUUAUUUGGCAGGAUAGAGUCCCAGUUCCUAACUGAAGCCACAUUGUGCAGGGCAGCGAUACAUCCCACUGAGCUGGAGGAGGUGGAAGUGGAGUGA